AGGAGAUUAUUUGUAACCAUGCAAUAAAAUUAAUUAUUAACAGAAGGCAGUGACCGUUAUAUCCUUCUCUCAGGUACUAAUCUCUAGCAAGUCUUCUGACUUUUUUAUGCCCUUUCUUCCCCCCCUGCCCCCGGCUUUCUAUUGCUUAUCUGUUUUAGGUCUUUAUCUUUCAGAGGUUUAUUACUUACUGCAUAAGUAACCAUGUAUUUCAAUAUUUUCAGAGUAAGGACCUAGCCCUUGCCUACCAGAGGAAAUUAUACUGAAUUAACUACACUGAUUUAGAAACUGAUUUAGUUAAAUCAGUGCAACUCUCCUGAGCACUUUAUAUCAUUUCAGUUUAAGUCAUGAGCCACAGAGUAACAAAUCAAUUCUCUUGGCAGAGAGUGAGAAAGAUUAGACUGGAUCUUCAGCCCUUUUAUCUCAGUAUUUAUUAGGCUAAAGCCUCUUCAGGGCUUGUUGCUGUUCUCUUCAAUUUUCUCUGCCUAAUGGACCUGAUCCAGCUCUUGAUGGCAUAAAUGAGGGUUUUUCCAUGACCUCCAGCUGGGAGCUGGAGAUGGCAAUAUCUUUAUUAAAAACCUAGAGAAGCUUAGAAUGACAAAUAACUCAAACCUGCCUCUUCACUGCAUGUUGAGUUCCCAGACUGAGGCUCACAAUACUGGAGAGAUCAUCUCUGCUCUGAAAAAUGUGAUAUUAUUUUACAUGAUAAAGGCAAGAUAAAGGGCAAGAAAAUACAACCCCUAAGUACAGCAAUCUCCACCAACAUUACGCAAGAAGUAUCACCAUGGAAUGAAACACAGUCUGAUUGAUCUUCCUAACAACAGCAGAUAAGUUUACGAUGGAACUUACGUCCUUGCCUAAAUUCCUUUGGACAAGUGACAACAAACUCCUGCAUCACCAUUUUCCAGAUAUUUUGGCUACUGUUCAUACCACCCAAGACAUUCCCAAAGAAGUUAUUUUUGGACCGUGCAUGCUCCAGAACACCCUACUGGACACUGUAGCUUUUAUUGCUCUCAAAUGCUCUGAUAGAAGGAACAUCCAUUAUGUAUUUAAGGUGGACAUUACAUCAGUGCACAGUCCCACAGGACUGCCUUGGAUGAGACUUGUUCAAGCAGCUGCCAAUAGCAAGGAGCAGAACUUGGAAGCAUACUUAAAAAACAGCCAGUUAUAUUAUCGCUCCACCAGGAAAAUCAACAAAAAUGAGGAGCUCCUGGUCUGGUAUGAUGAGGAGCUUUCCAGCCUCCUGGGUUUCAAUGAGAUAAAAACAUGGAGUCUCCAAAAUGAGCUGAGAUGCCAAGAAUGCAACCGAGUCUUUAAAUGUGAGCAUUCCUAUCUCUCCCAUGUCCGCUUCCUGUGUGUCUCAGAGAAGAGUGCCCUGCUAUGGAGAAAAUUCCAGGACCCAAAGACUGCAAAAGGCAGCUUAGCUGAGCAAACCACAAAUUUCCACAGCCUGGCAAGGGAUCUAGAGGUCAAAAUGGCAACUCGAAAAGAUGAUGCACAUGGUCUCACAGGAGAGAGGAGAGCAAAAUCAGAGGAGAUUGAGAAUAAUAGGAGCAGGAAAACUGUGUUGUUGGAGAAAACCAAUAAUCUGAGCGAAGAACAUAUCUGUGGGGGCAAGGAAGAGACUGGAGGAGAGCAUGCAUUGGCUGGUUCUUUCUGGAAGCUUAGUUCAGGGAGGCAGUCAGCUAAGAAGGAUGCUUUAGAGCAGAAGCAGAGUGCUUUCACUGAGGUCAGGAGGAUGAAGGACAAAUUGAGGAAUGAGAGACCCAAGGAGUCAGAACAGGAAGAUGGCCCGGUCCCACUUGGUAAAGAGCAGGUGUCAAAGGAAGUGUUGCUUAACUCCUCCGGCAGUGCAUUCUCCUUUGUAUGGCCCACCAGAGCCCGAGGAGAACAGAAGAGUGCUUUCAGCAAACCCAGUAAGCGUCUAGCAGAAAGAGCUACAGUAAAUUCUUCUCAUCCCAUGAACGACUCAGCAAAGAGCCUGGGGGAGCUGUCCGGCCUCAUUGCCACUGCAGACAUCAUGUGCUGCAGCACUCUCCUGAAUUCCAAGUUCUUUGUCAGUGACUUGUGUAACUCUCAGAUGCUACAGACAAGCAUCACUCGGAGCAAUGUUUUCCCAUAUACCUCAGAACUGUGGCCCAAACAAACAGGAGGACAGUUACAAAACACAACCGCCAGUUCUUCCUCCUCUUCCUCCUCCUCCUCCCUGACUCUCCUUCCCCCCACCUUUACAUCGUUUGGAGUGGCUGCCCAGAACUGGUGUGCCAAAUGCAACCUGUCUUUUCGCAUGACAUCCGAUUUAGUCUUCCACAUGCGGUCACACCACAAAAAAGAAUAUUCCUCAACUGAAUCCCAGUGCAAGAGGAGACGGGAGGAGAAGCUAACAUGCCCAAUAUGUCACGAGUACUUCCGAGAACGCCAUCAUUUAUCUCGGCACAUGACUUCUCAUAAUUAGAGCUGUGCAGGCAGAUCUCACCAAGAGACUGGGCAGGUUGGGUAAAGAAGGGGAACAUAAUUCAUUUGUAUCCAUUUCUUUUUGUGUUUACAUUAAUUUCUUACAGGACAUCACUGUUUACAAUAAUUUAUAAUAGAUGCUUCGCAAAAAUAUAUAUAAUGUUUACAAGAGUCUGAGUGGGUUGUAAGUUCUGAAAACUCAACCUAGCCCUUGUCAACCUAUUUUUGAGGAAAUAAAAUAGUGGAACAAAUGCACAUUAA